UUUAAAUGCAAUGUACCUACCUAACUUAUGGAACAAUUCUUCAUGAUGGAGUUAUACAAAUCUUUAAUUGUGAUAAUGCCUUAUUGGCCCUAAUAAUCAAGAUUUUUGAAGAACGCCUGACCAUGGCUGACCCGGUUGGUUGGAUACUCUAAGUUACAUCCGUUUGAUCGCCACAGAGCUAUGUACGAUACGCCAUGACAUUCAAUUUCGUCUCUGACUUUAGUUUAUGGUAUAUUUAUAGACCCAGAGCCUUGGGAGUAAUAAAUUUUUAUACUGUGCACAUGAUAUUUCAUGUCUUUUCUGUGGUUCUUCUAUCUGUCUGUGUCUGUCUGUCUGUCGUCUGACGAAAGAAAACGAAAUGAACGACAGGCUCCCUUCAGUUGUUGUACCUAUGUAGCAUUGUUUACGAGCAACACGAUUGUUUGUCGGGUUCGAACGAAAUGUAUAAAAGGUCGGGGUUGAUGAGCUGCUGGCGUUACCGGGGGAAUCAGUUUAGGAACGAGUGCGGCCACUAGCCGGGGAUAUGUCGGACCGUGGGGGAGUGCGGUCCAGUGCUCGGCUCAGCGGUGAGAGUACAGCGGCCAUAGCAGCCUCCGCUGCAGCCCGUACUACUCCACAGGGCCGCGGCCGGCCGGUGUCCACGACGGCGGCGGCCGCUCAGCGACGCGCGCGUGCUGCUGAGCGCGCCGCGGAGGUUGAGGACAGCCCACGGGUGCUUCGAGAUAAGUGUCGCCGUCUCGCACGGGCUCUCCGGAAUGCUAAACACUUAGUGGUGUAUACGGGAGCGGGUAUCAGCACGGCCGCCGACAUUCCUGACUACCGCGGCCCGCACGGUGUCUGGACGCGGCUGCAGCGCGGCGAGACUGUCGGGCGGGUGGAGGUGUCGCGCGCGCAGCCCACUUUCACGCACAUGGCGCUGACGGCGCUGUGGGCGCGGGGCGCGCUCAAGUUCGUGGUGUCGCAGAACUGCGACGGCCUGCACCUGCGUGCCGGUCUGCCGCGCCGCGCGCUGGCCGAGCUGCACGGCGACAUGUUCGCGGAGCUGUGCGCGCCCUGCCGCCGCGUCUACCUGCGCGCCUUCGACACCACGGAGCGCACGGCGCGCCACGCGCACGGCACGCGCCGUCUGUGCCACGCGUGCGGCGCCGAGCUGCGCGACUCCAUCGUGCACUUCGGGGAGCGCGGCCGCGCCGCCUGGCCGCUCAACUGGGCCGGCGCGCUGCGCCACGCCGCGCGCGCCGACGUAGUCCUGUGUCUGGGCUCCAGCCUCAAGGUGCUGCGCCGCUACCCGCGUCUGUGGCGCAUGCAGAGCGCGCCGCGCGCGCGGCCCGCGCUCUACAUCGUCAACCUGCAGUGGACGCCCAAGGACUCGGUGGCGGCGCUGAAGAUCAACGCGCGCUGCGACGCGGUGAUGCAGCAGGUGGCGCGGCGGCUGCGCCUGCGCGUGCCCCGCUACCGCGCCGCGCUGGACCCCGUGCUGGCGCACGCCGAGCCGCUGGACGAGGCCGAGGCGCACACCACGCGCCGCGUGCCGCUGCAAGUGCCGCGCGAGCCCGAGCCGCGCGCCGACCACUGGGAGCCGUCCUCGCCCUCGGCCUCCGACUCGGACGAGGAGCUGCCGCUGCGCCACUUGGCGGCGCGGCUGCGGGCGGAGGCGGCCGACGCCGUAUCACCCACCUCGGCCAAAGGCCCCGCCCCCGUCUCGGCCUCGACACUCGAGGCUGCCCCUCCGCCCUCGUCCGCCACUCCGCCCCCGUCCGCACUCGUCCCUGCCUCUGCCCAGACAGACUGCUUGCACUCCUUUCAGGUGAGCAUGCACUCCGGCGAGGCUACGAUAUUACUACGCGCCGAGCACGCCGCGCCCGACCUGGACCUACUACGCCUGCGCCGCUUCCGCAUGCCUCGCGUCGCGCCUGCGCACUCCCGUCUGCGCCGUCUGCUCGAGUACGAGCCGCGCAUACAGCGCGAUGCCGACGACGACAAGCCGGCCGAUUCAGAACUCCGGCCGAAGCUGGAGGCGGACGAGGCGCGCGUCAAGGACGAGCCCAAGGAGGAGGCGAGCACGUCGGAGUCGGCGGGCUCGCUGGCGGCCGCCAUCAUCCGGCGCGCCGUGCUGCUGUGCCGCGCCUCGCUGUACCCGGGGCUGCACACCAUCAUCGCGCCGCCCGCCGCGCCG